AUGCCGCCAAAGUCCCCUGUUGAUGAUGAUGAAGAACGGUCCAGAGGGUUGAUUGGCCUGGUCCAGAGCCUCGUGCUCAAGCCUUUCCGCAUCGCUCUCUCACGGACCGCCUUACGCGCAUAUCUCACGACCAUAAUCGUCGUCACUACCGCAAUCACCUUGCUUGGUUUCGCGAUCUCGGCGUACUUGCUUUUCUACUGGUCCUACGUCCCUCGCAUCGGCUUCGAGCGGCCCAUCAACCUACAAUUCGACAUUGUCCACGGCCCGAGCAUUGGAAACUCAGAAGUCGCGAAGAACUACCACCCGUACCCUUAUGGAAUCGUCAACCUGUAUCCGGACAUUUUCGGAGCACAAAUUUACGAUGUGGCGAUCGAGCUUACACUACCUCGCACUCCAGAAAAUGUGAACGCCGGAAAUUUCAUGCUCGAGGUCAGUAUGUUGGCACCGCGCGAAGGAGCUUUCAGCAGUAUCGCGGAGAAGGUGCAGGCCGGUAUGACGUCUGGCACAACGGAGCCGGGUGUCCUGGCGACAUCACGGAGAAGUGCUAUACUACAGUACAGAUCACCCAUCAUCGAGCUCGUGUACAAGCUGACCGAGAUCCACUGGUACCUGCUUAACGUCCGAUCCGAAAGCGACAAGCUACGUGUCCUGAUAUUCGAAGGUGUUGAGUUCUCCCGUGGCGCACGAAACGUACCCCGGACCAUGAGACUGGAAAUCCAGAGUACCGAAAGACUGCGAGUUUACGAUGCGAAAGCAGUGUUCCGAGCACGCUUCCAUGGUCUGAGGUGGCUGAUGUACAAUCACCGCAUCAUCAGUGGUGUACUCUUCAUUGGCGGCUUUUGGACGACGGAGAUGAUCUUCGCAGGCUUGGCUUGGGCCCUGAUCGCGAUGUCCUAUGCACCCACGACACAGGAGACGAAGGCAGAAGAACUAGAUGAGCUUGCUCAGCGUGUGAAGGACGAACCCGAUGACGAGUCGCAUACCCCACAAAUGUCAGACACAGAACGAACAUUUCCUACAUUGUCUGGGCAGCAACCACUACGAUAUCAGCCGGAGCCACGAAUCAAGCUGGAACAUGGAGAGAGACCUGCAAUAGUACCCGAGUACGUCAGCAGGGCAACAGAAGCAGAUGUGGAAGACGAAGACGAAGAUGCGGACUUCCUCCUGGACUCUGGCCUUGGUACAAGUUUAGAGAGCAGUGGUCCGAGGAGGGCUGACAGCAUCAAGCGAAGGAGAGGCAGGACACGACCGUAUGAGGAAGAAUGA